CUGAAUCAAUGCAGUGGUAGUCAUGCUGAGUCUCCACAGGAAGCCAUCCAAGCAACAAGUUAUUUUAUGUUUAGCUUGGCAACAUGUCUUCCACACAAGUUUGAGAGCUUAGAAUUGGUUCUUUGGAGUCUGUAAUGGAAGAGGUGCAUCAAUGAUACUGAUUCUUUGGAUAGAAUCAGUCAAUGAGUCACCAUCAUUCUUGACAAAGAAAGAUAUCCAUCUGUACCAAAUUAAGAAUCCCAUAACUUGAAGCCAUAUUAAAUGUUCCAGCUGAAUCAGUGCAGUGACAGUCAUGCUGAGCCUCCACAGGAAGCCAUCCAAGCAACAAGUUAUUCUGUGUUUAGCUUGGCAACAUGUCUUCCACACAAGUUUGAGAGCUUGGAAUUGGUUCUUUGGAGUCUAGAGGGGGGUCCAUGAUAUUAAUCUCCAUGGCGGUGGUUUAAGGAGGGUUUUAAGGCCUUCUUCUUCUUCUCCUUCUUCCAGAAAGUGUAAAGGAAUAUAGGCAUUCAGAGUUCAGUUGAACCAUGGAGUGUGGUUCUUGUCUUCAUGGUGUGGGACUGGGCUGUCUAGUUUGCUUACUGAUCCUUGCCCUUGGGACUUUGUUCACUUCAGCAGAUACACUUCCUAAUGAAGCUUCUGCUCUGGUUGGUGUGGCUAGUAAUUGGCAGAACAUUCCAAAUACCUGGGCUGGUGAGGAUCCUUGCAGCAGCCACUGGGAUGGAGUCAAAUGUUCAAAUUCUCAUAUAAUUUCAAUAACCUUAUCAAACUUGGGCAUAAGCGGGAUUCUGUCUGAAGAAAUUGAGGGUCUGCCAGAGUUGGUUCAUUUGGAACUGUCGUAUAAUGCAGAUUUGAAUGGACCAAUCCCCCAUUCCAUUGGGAAUUUGGUGAAAUUGCAAAAUUUAAUCCUUGUUGGUUGCGGAUUUAGUGGCAGCAUUCCAGCAGAACUAGGAAGGCUAUCGAGUCUAUUGGUUUUAUCUCUGAACUCCAACCAUUUACAUGGACCAAUUCCCGGAGCUCUUGGUAAUUUGUCAUCAGUGCACUGGCUGGAUAUUACUGAUAAUAUGAUUUCCGGACCGAUCCCUGUCUCUGAUGGCACAAAUCUUGGUUUGGAUAUGUUAACUAACUGCCAGCACUUCCAUUUUGGCAAGAACAACCUCUCUGGGCCAAUUCCACCCAGUCUCUUCCAUUCAGAAAUGAAACUGCUACAUGUGAUUUUAGAUAACAAUCAUUUAUCAGGAAGCAUCCCAACAACAAUAGGAUUGAUGAGAACUCUGGAAGAUGUGCGGCUUGACGGGAAUGAACUCAGUGGAAAUGUGCCUCCAAACCUCAACAACCUUACAAGAUUGGUAGACCUGCGCCUGUCAAAUAACCAACUUACUGGUCCCUUGCCAAAUCUAACUGGAAUAGAUGGACUAACAUAUUUGGACAUGAGUAACAACAGUUUUGACGAAUCAGAAGUUCCAUCCUGGUUUUCAACCUCUCAAUCAUUGACAACAAUAAUCCUGGAGUACUUGUCUAUUUCAGGGCAGAUACCGACAUCUCUAUUUGUCUCACAAUUGCAGACUGUGAGGCUUAGAAACAAUCGCUUUAAUGGCACUCUGGACCUCAGCGGCCAAAUCAGCAGCCGGCUUUCACUUGUUGAUUUGCAGCAUAAUAAUAUUCAGAAGAUAAACACUGGAAAUUACUUGCAAGAGCUAAUACUUGUCGAUAAUCCAUAUUGUGAGGAAGGAGAAUCAGGAAGCAAGUAUUGCACAAUUCCACAGCAAUCCAGUGAUACCAUGUACUCCACCUCAACACCCAACUGCAGAAACAGUUUAUGUCCUCUAGAUCAAGAUAUGGACUCCCAUUGCAGUUGUUCAUGUCCAUAUAGGGGAACUAUAUAUUUUCUGCUCCAAUAUUUCUCUGACAUUAAUAAUUCAUCACACUACUUUUCUUUGGGAACUUCUUUAUACCAUGGAUGUCUGGAAUAUCAAGUUCCUGUCAGCUCAGUUUCUGCCCUAAAUCCUUACAUGAACAAUGACCACUAUCUUCAGAUUGAUUUGAAGUUCUUUCCAGAUAGAAAAGUUUAUUUUGAUGAAUCUGAGGUUUUCCUUAUCUCAUCUUUGUUCAACAAUCGGAACUUUACUGUUCCACCUGAAUUCGGACCCUAUUAUUUCGGAGGCCAACAAUAUAUAUUUCAAGGAACAGUACCAGGUUCAAAAUCAAAAAAGGGUCCCCCUGUAAUUGGUGCAACAGUUGGUGUAAUUGUUCUUUUAUCAGCAAUAAUAUGUUUGCUCAUUCUUCACAAGAAGAGAAAGGCUAAGGAGGCUGCUUCACGAUUUCAAUUUUCUGGAUUGUGGAAUCUCAGCACAAGUAGCAGUAGCAUUCCACAGCUGACAGGGCCAAGAAUUUUCUCACUUGAAGAGAUAAGGAAAUGCACCAAGAACUUCUCGGAAGAGAACUGUAUUGGAAGUGGUGCUUAUGGAAAGGUAUACCGAGGAGUAUUAGCUGAUGGACAAGUUGUUGCCGUCAAAAGAGCUCAGCAGGGAUCAUCACAAGGUAAUCAGGAGUUCAAAACAGAGAUUGAGAUGCUGAGUAGGGUGCACCACAAAAACUUGGUCAGUCUUGUUGGUUUGUGCAUCGACCACAAUGAGAAAAUAGUGGUGUAUGAGUAUGUUCCAAAUGGCACUCUCAGGGAAAGUCUAUCAGGUAAGUCUGGAAUACGUAUGGAUUGGAAAAGGAGGCUUCGAGUUGCCCAUGGUGCAGCCAGCGGUCUUGCCUAUCUGCACGAGCUCGCAAACCCCCCCAUCAUUCACAGAGACAUCAAGUCCAACAACAUCCUUCUUGAUCAUCGUCUCAACGCAAAAGUCUCCGACUUUGGUCUCUCCAGAACAUUGUUUGAUGACGCUAAACACCACAUUACUACGCAAGUCAAAGGCACAGUGGGCUACUUGGAUCCCGAAUACUACAUGACGCAGCAGUUGACGGAGAAGAGCGACGUCUACAGCUUCGGCGUUCUACUGCUGGAGCUGGUGACUGCAAGAAAGCCAAUAGAAGAAGGACAAUACGUCGUGAGACAGGUGAAGGAUGCUAUAGACAAGCAGAAGAAUCUGUUGAAUCUUGAUGAGCUUCUCGAUCCGACGAUUGCUACUGUCAGUGCCUUACGUGGGUUGGAAAACUUCAUCGACUUGGCAAUGAAGUGCGUGGAGGAUGAAAGCCGAGACCGGCCUUCGAUGAGCGAGGUGGUGAAGGAAAUCGAGAACAUCAUGCAGGUGGCGGACGUAAACUCCACUGCGGAGUCUGGAUCGACUUCUCCACCCUUUGCAGGUAAGAGUGGGGGAGGACUUGCAGGGACUGGUGAAGAUUUCGAGUACAGCAGCGAUCCAUUUUCUCCAAGAACAGAGUCCAAGUGAGAGUAUCGAUUUCCAUGAUCUAUAGUGCUGAUGUUUGAGAUGUAGAAUUGGAGAGACAAGAGUUUGAUGUUGUUGACCUGUAAGAUAUUGAAUUACUGAUUGAGAAGAUAGUGUGUUAUGU